CGUUUUUUUUCGUGGUCAGUGGGCCAAGCUCUGGGCCAAGUUUCAAAAUCCUCCUUUGGCAACUUCGGUAACAUCGGAACUUGCUUGCCGUGCGUGUGUGUCGGCUGAACUGAAUCGGCGGGUGCCGGACACAUAUAAUCGGCGUUUGUAAUUCGUAUUUGCAAUUCAUUCAUCUCGUUAGUGCGUGUUUAGUAUCAUUGUUUAUGCUCGCUUCAGUGGAACGCAGUGUUGCGUCUACGAGCAGGCCGUGUCUGUGCGUGGUGUCAGCGAAGGUGUGGCGUUGUGCGGUACGGUUGGUUUGUCGGCCAACGUCGCUCUGUACAGGACAGAGAAGCACGGCUGUGUUAUGACUGAAACUCGUUCUUGCGGCAGUCGGCGCGGCGGUAUAUUUGGACUGCUGAUGCGCCCGGGACCGUGCUUGUUCGGCGAAGCUGUGGGCACGACACCAUCGACAACUGUCACCAUGCCUGGACAGGAAGCAUAGAGUCGAAGCAACCAUGGCCUGUGAUGCACUCCAAGGAGCUCUGUGCCAGGAAGUGGAAUCCCUGGUGAACGAGUUCUUCCGUGACGGCACCAGCAACCAGCGAAAACAUGAAAUAGAGUGUCGUCUGUCCGAGCUCAAUCGGCGGGAGGGCAGCUGGCGACAGUGGCUGCAGCUAGUCUGCUGCCGCAAAGAGCCUGGACUGCUGGCCUUUGCCUUCUCUGCCCUCCAGGAUGCCAUUUCAGUGCACGGCUUGGACCUGUCCGCUCGUAGGCAGCUCCGCAGCAGCCUGCAGCACCUGCUCCUGUCCUCACAGCAGCAGCCAGCGUUCGUGCGCAACAAGUUGUCAAAGCUGCUCGUGGACCUUGCUUGCGUCGACUGGCCACACAAUGAGCCAAGUUUCUUCGAUGACAUUGUGCAGCUGUGCCAGUCUGAAGAGACACGGCCACUGGGGCUGCUGCUGCUGCAGAUGACAUCGGAGGAAGUGGCGACCGCACCUCGCGGGAACUUGACCACUGCCCGCCUUGACGAGCUGCGUCACUUAGUCAUACAACAGAUGCCUCGCACCUGGGCAUUGAUUACAGGUGUGCUGAAGAGCAGCUCUGGUGACAGCGGGAACGCGCACCAGGCUCUUCGCUGCACCGAGCACCUGUUGAGCUGGUUGCCCCUGUCAGCUGUGGACCCCAAGCUCAUGGAUGCCCUGUGUUGCUGCUGUGCUGCGGCUGCGGCCUCGUCUUCACUGGAGGGACAAGCACAGGUUGAUGCCGAGGAGCUGGGCGUCUUAUCUCUAAGCUGCCUGUGCGAGGCCCUGGCACGGGCUACGGCAGCUGACCUAGGAUCUGACUGCCUUCAAUUGCUUCAGCAGUUUGCUGUCGGUGCCCUGCAGGCUGCCACUUCUCCCACUUUUGCUGUCUCUGCACAGAACAGCUACCUUGACAAGCUGAUCGAGUUCCUGCGCCUCUUCGUCGGGGCAAGCCUGCCCUGUUUCGAAGACAACAGUCCCGCACUUCUCCAGCUGCUGUCUCUCUUGUUCGACUACACCUUCCGAGAGUCAAGUGUGGAGCGGUACUGCGUGUGCCUGGAGAUGUGGGGCACCUUGCUGACCCGGCUGGCGGCGCACCGGUCGGCCGACAAUUACCGGCCGCUGCUGCAGACGCUGGUGGCCCGGUUGUUGGCCCGCUGCUGCCAGGGAAAGGGCAGCGCAGCCGAGUCCUUGCUGGAACCCCAGCUGGCGUUGGUCUCCAAGGCAGCUGAACUGUCGCCCCAGGACAUUUGCACACAAGUGAUGGAGCUGCUGGAUCCAGAGCUCAGCCAUUACCAGUCACCACAUGGGGCUACUGCCGUUGAACGAUUACACAACCUAUCCGCCCUGCUGCAAGCUCUGGGGCGAUUGGCUCCUCAUCUAGACACCAACCUGGUGCACAUUACCGCCACAAGGUUGUGCCAGGCUGCCAUCUACGGACGCCAGCUGCUUGCGAACACAGAUGCUAUGCGAACGACUGACAUCGCAAAUGUACAGACACAGUUGUUGGCUUCUCUGCGAUUGCUGUGUGCUUAUCUGGGAAGCAAGGCCCCGCCCACAGAACUCCUGGUGGAGGCCACUUUGCCUCCAAUCCUCGAACAGAGUCCCGAGAAUGUGUGUCAAGCUGCGUGUGGCCUGCUGCUCACCCUGAGCUCCAGCGUGCGGCCAGCGCAGCUUCUGUCGCUGGCACCAAUGCAGCGACUGUGUGAGCAGCUGUGCCAGGGAAGCCUUCGACCGCUGAGCCCCCAGUGUGAGCAGCUGGUGGUACAGGCGGCGCAUGCGGCCUUGUGCCUGCCUUGGUCACGAGUACCCGCUGCAGCCCAGUGCUGGGACCAGAGGGCCAUUGCGCAGAGCAGCCUGGUGAAUUCCCUGGCACGACCCUUGCUGCAGAACCAGCCACCAGGGGAGGCAGUGGAGCAUAGCCUAAGGUUGCUGCGAGCCCUGGUGGAAGUGCUGGAAGGUGCGGGAAGUCGAUCGAAGCAGGUCGCGAGCACAGGUCUGGCUCCAGUAUGGCCCUUGCUUCUGGAGCGCCUGCCACCCACCCUGCACAGCGGUGGGGAGGACCCAGUUUUGGGCACGCUGGCAUGCCUCGUGCGAGUGAUGGCAGCACAGCUUGGAACGAGCCGGGUGGGUCCCCUGCUCUCCGCCCUGGAGCAGCGGGUGUCCCAAGAGUCCGAGGACGCGAAGGCCGCCAGCGGGCUGGAGUGGCUGCUGGCACUCCUGCUGCCCCUGGUCCGGGAGCCGAGCCUGGGCGAGUUCCUGCCGGCCAUUCUGAGGCUCUGCCUGGACCAGGUCCAGCCACGACUUGCCCAGUGCCCUGCACUUGUGCCCGUGCUGGGGCCACCCCUGUUUGAGCUGCUGGAGCAGUGCCUGGUGUGCCACUGGCGCCGGUUCUUUCCCGGUGGCGUGGCAGCCCCCGAGGAUCUGCACAAUGGGCCCGAGUUCGGCCGCCUGCUGUCCGCCUACGGCUGGUCCCUGCGGAUGGGCGAACCUGGCCUCAUGCGCCAGAACCUGUUGGCCCUGUCGGCACUCAACCGCCGGUGUCGGCUCUUUCACAAGUUGGCCUUCCGGGAAUGCCUUCUGGCACAGUUCGUGGAGGCCCUGCUUAACUGCCUGGUGUCAUCGCCCGUGCGCGAUCUGCUCAGGGAUGAGUUUCAGCAGCUGCUGUUCGAGCUGGCUGCCGUGGAUUUCGAGGCCUUCUAUGGCCGCCUGCUGCCGGCCCUGAUCCCGCCCGAGCCACUGGCGGGACUCGCCUGGGAGCGUGACCUUCCUUCUUUCUCUCGACAAAUGGAGCGCCUCAUCGGCGACUUGCGGCGUGCCGCUGGCUGAUAAAGGCAUUCCAUGGUCGAGCGACUUCCCACGUCAAUGGCUCCAACGCCGAUGGAGUCGGUCCAGGCAACUGACCAAGUGAUCACGGCACUUUGAUGUUGUCUGCGGCCAAAUCGGGUGCAGUGGUACACUGCGAUGCUUCUCAGCCUGUGCAUAGUGUCACGUGAAGAUCAGCGUUGCACUGCUGGCUCUUUCCUGAUCAACCCCUCAAAUUUCGAUGAUCCCAGCCUGCUGUGUGUAAAUCUGACUCAGUGUACUGCAAAGUAUGCCAGUGAGUUCACUGCCACGUGAAUGAAGAACUUCUUCUAUAUAUCUGCAACACAGAUGAACAGUACCAGUCGCACAGCUUUAAGAAUCCGAGUGUGCGUUGCCUGCCGUGCAGUGUAUUACGUGCCUUCUGGUUGGAAAAUUCAUUCUGGCGUGUUUCGUUAUGAGUCGUGCAAGUUGGUUUGAAGAACUCGUUCUUGUGCUACCAUUUGUAUUUACUGAAGAACAUGGUUACUGCCUGCCUCGUUGAUCUUGUUUCUUAGCCAGUGUGUUGUUUGAUUACUAUUAAUAUUAUUAUUAUUAUUGUUGUUGAGUAGUAAACUUGUUGAUUUGUGAUUUCGAGACCUGCUGCACGUGUUCAAAAGCAAAAGUGGCAACUGCGUUCAUGGAACAUUUGUAUUUUGAGUGGCAGUAAGAGGCUUUACUUCAUGCACGUGUCACGGUGAAGAUUUGCCAUUGUGCCAACCUUUUUGUGUCAGUGAAACAUGAAGUUAUUGACAGUUCUUAAAAAUGCACACCAUAUCAUAUAUUGCAAGUAUAUAUGAUAUAUCAUAUCAUAUGCAGUUAAACCUCGAUAUAACGAACUUCAGUGUAAUGAAACUCUUGAUGUAACAAAGUAUUUAAUUUUUUGUAACUUCUUGUCCAUAGAACGCCAUCUAUUUAAAACCUCUGUAUAACGAAGUGUUUUUAUGCAUAAUUUCAGUAUAACGAAAUUCCACUGCUGCCGCAAUGUAAUACCGAGACAGUAAAUGGAAACUGCCGCUGACGAAGAUGGUCAAAUAGUUGAAAAACAAGUGGCUACUGCACCUCUCAAAUCGUGUGCUGAGCAACCAAAAGCAAACGCCAAAGCGGAGCAGCAUCAUAUUCUGUAUAAAGUCCAAGUGGGAUAAGAUCAUAUCGCACCCUGCGCGCUCUAUGCUUUGGUUGCGAGUGAGAGCGUGAGAGGAUGAGCCGAGAAGGAUGGUGGCUUGAUGAGUGCCGCUUUCCCAUGCGAGUAAGG